GACUGAUACCUUUAUGUUGACUCCUACUGAUGAGGAAAGUGACCACCAGCUCCUCUCUCACAACUCUCAUGUAGCUGAGAGCCAAGAUCAGAAAGGAGGCAAGCAUGGAGACUCAGGCUCAACUAGAACUGCAGAGCCAAAUCAACAGAGUCUACAUCACGAAAGCACAAGUCACAGUAACAAUGUAGACAACCCUCACCUGUCAGAGAUGCACUGUGAUACUCACACAGGUAAACAGCCUUUCAAAUGUGACACAUGUGGAAAAGACUUUAAGUAUAAAUCAUUACUAGAGACACAUCUGAGAACCCACACAGGAGAGAAGCCGUAUUCUUGUAAAACAUGUGGGAAAAGAUUUACUCAGAAAUCAGCAUUGAACUAUCAUAUAAGUAUCCACACAGGUGAGAAGCCAUAUUCUUGUAAAACAUGUGGGAAAGGAUUUCCUCAGAAAUCAGCAUUGAACUAUCAUAUAAGAACCCACACAGAUGAGAAGCCAUAUUCUUGUAAAACAUGUGGGAAAGGAUUUACUCAGAAAUCAGCAUUGAACUCUCAUAUAAGAAGCCACACAGGUGAGAAGCCGUUUGCAUGCAAAGAAUGUGGGAGAGCUUUCAGAUUUAAUUGUAACUUGAAAGUCCACAUGAGAACCCACACAGAUGAGAAGCCGUUUGCAUGCAAAACAUGUGGGAGAGCUUUCAGAUUUAAUGCUAACUUGAAAGGCCACAUGAGAACCCACACAGAUGAGAAGCCAUUUGCAUGCAAAACAUGUGGGAGCGCUUUCAGAAUGAAUGGUCACUUGACACGCCACAUGAGAAUCCACACAGGUGAGAAGCCAUAUUCUUGUAAAACAUGCAAAAAGAAAUUCCAGCGUAAUGAUAAAUUGAAAGUCCACAUGAGAACACACAUGGGGGGAAAAGCUGCAUCACUGCAGCACAGAGGGUCCAGAGAUUAAAGAGUAACAGGAGGAACUAAAAGGAGUUUGACACUCUUGACUUCAGGGUUACACUCUGUAAUAAGUGUUGGGUUACACACUAUUUCUACACACUACCUCAGCAAUGAGGUCACUGAGGUUAUUUCUUCGUUAGAGGAAGAUUGUCCGUCUGUUUUGGGUUAUUGGAUAUUGCAUCACUGCAGCACAGAGGGUCCAGAGAUUAAAGAGUAACAGGAGGAACUAAAAGGAGUUUGCUGCUGUGAUAGAGGACAUGGCUGGUGGGAUGCUGGGCUUCAGAAGCUGGUGUGUAAUGCAUACUGGUACAUGCAGGCAGUCCCUGCACGGCUCCGCGUGUAGGAGAACUCAGCUUUAGGAUUCAGGGGGACCUAUUGGCAGAAAUGGAAUAUAGUAUUCAUAACUAUGUUUUCUUUCGUCUAUAAUCACCUGAAACUAAGAAUCGUUGUGUUUUCAUUAGAUUAGAAUGAGCCCUUCAUAUCUACACUGAGCAUGGAUGAUUGUAGCAACACUGUUCACAUAAUGUGUUAUACUGCUGCACAUUGUUUGAAGACUGACUGUGACAGAACAUAUUGCUGGAAAGGCCAGAAGAUAUAGAAGCUUAAAGAGAACGCAUUCAUAUCACACAUGUUAGUUACCAAGGUAGAAUGGUGCAUCACAUUUUACGGUUUGUAAAUAAUGAAUGUUUGUAUACAUUGUCUUGAAGAGAUGCUGUCAAGUAAUUUCUUUCUAAAUGGUGCAAACAUAUUGUGAUAAAACAAAAUGUAAUCCGAUCAAAUGUUAACGUUCAUUAAUAUUUUCUUAUUUGUUUUUUCAUUUUAAAUUUUGUAAAUGCAUUUGUAUGAACAUGGAGAUAAUGGUAUGCGUUG